AUCCCAUCCCAUCAGCGUGAAUAAAAGUAGUCUGCCCCUGGAAGUUCAGUUCAGCGAUCGUUCUGUGGGAAAAAAGAUGUCCUCCGGUUGCACUAGCGCUACAGAAAAUUAUUUUCGAGUAGAGAAUGUGCUGAUUAAUAUGCUUGAUCAUGUCAUGUAGAAAAGAUGGCACAACUGACUUUACUUCUUGUAGUUCAUCAUCCACAACAUCCAUGACUCGUCUGCCAAAGAAACUGAAAAAUGUCGGAAGCAGCUCUGUUCAGUUCUUGCCCUUUCUGUGGAAGCGACGACAUCGUGAUUGACUACAUCGAGGGCGUAGUUCCUUUUAUGGCAAAAUCAAAAUUUCAAAAAAUAUUUGACAGACCAUUCGUAUCCUAGUAAGAAUAAGAAAGAUACCGCCCGUAUGGUUUUCCAACUAUUGAAUUUAUAUCAACCUCUAAAGCUUCUAAAGGGAACGGAAGGGUCCGGGUCGUGGAUAUAAGUAAACAACCAAAGAAGUAGUGACAACUGACCUCAUUCUUGGUGUUAGAAAUACUUCUAAUCCCUGCCGUAGUUGUGGUUUGCUCCUGCGAAACCGGCUAGUGACCGAUCAAGCAGAAUGGAGAAAGUUCAAGGAUGAACCGGACAAACUGGAACGUGCUGAGAGGGUGAAGACCAACCCCUAUUUGAAUCAAGAGGGGCAAACGCUUGCAACUGGGAUGAUAGGAAAAACCGGGACGGCAAUGGCGAAAGCGCUCUACAACGCAUCACAAGCAGUAGCAGCGAAACAUGUUCAGCAAGGAGUGGCGGUUCCAGUUAUGAUUGAAUGUUUGCGGAAGUAGAAGUACAAGUUGUAGGUUUACUAUUUCUUGCAGAUGAAGUUGAACUAGAACUGCCUGGAUGUUCUAGCUCUAAGUCGGAAGUACAAGUUCGCGUUAUAGAGAAGUUGUGCUUGUGCGUAGCUGCGAUCCUCUAAUACUUGUUCCAGUGUGGCACCAGAGUUAGGAGAGGGUUCUCUAGCGAAGAUCUUCUCGCAGUUGAAGAAGUUCGUGGUUGGGGCCUUGAAGCGGGAUGAACGGACGCUGGAUCAGUGUAUGCAGAUAACGAAAUACCUCUACAGCGACAAUGCAUCUAGUUAAGGACAUAAAACCGUUUUCGAAAUGAUCUAGAAGUGAAGUUCAUUUCAACCUCGUCGUACUUUCUACUCUCAUGAUAUCCUCGCGUAGAAGAUGCAGAUGGCGGGUAAACCUCUUCGUCGUAUAAGAAUCGUGACAUUCAACUUUUUUAUAAUUCACAAGUGAUAUUAGAUACAACUACACUUCUAAUAUUUCGUGUCGCAUUUCCGGUCGAAAGGGUUCCAGCAUGCGGAUUUCAUACUGGUUCUCUGCGUUGCCCAAUGUCGCCUUGGGGAGGCCGUUUCGUUUGGGCAAGUUCUACAGCAACUGGGUGAUUGGAGUUUUCAGGUGACGAUGAAAGACGUGGCGGCAGCUUAUCGUCGACUAGAAAACCUGGCGCCAGCGCUCUCAACUGAGCUCACACAGUCCGUAUCUCUAGCUGGCAGCGGAUCAUCGAAGGGCAGCAAUGCGAGUUAUGACUGAUGUUGCUCGCUCCUGUAGGUUCACUCUUUUGAAAGAAUGUAACUAAAACUUUUGAAAUGAUGUUAGUUUCUACAACCAGCGUUGAAAUCUGUUGCGUACAUGCCAUCAUCAUUGAUUAUAGCUUGCACUUGAAUGUGCAUGCACGAAUUCGACUUCAUACAUUUUACUGUAUUUGCUCUACUGAGAUUUAUUUGACUUCCUCGUUGUACACUCUAAUCUCCAACCGGAGCCGCGCAGCUUAGUGCCAGGGCUUCCUCUAGGAUAUCGUCCUCUGACCCGCGCGAGUUGAUCCCGCAAUUUUCUGCGUCUCUUGGGCUCGCUACCCGCGAUGAAGCGGAGGACGUGUUGCGUUGUUUGCGUCAUUUCCUAGAGGACACCUUGCGUGGUGGAGGUGAAACCUUUUUAGACCGAACUUUGGCGAGAUCUGCAUGGAGUGACAUGCGAGCCUGUUGUGCGGCCAGUGUGUAUUUGGUGGCUGUGCUUAGCGGUGUCGUCGAGAGGAAAAGCAGUGUGGCUGUGCAAGCGAGAAUACCGAAUCCUCGUACAGCAGAGAAAAGCGAAGGACAAGUGGAACAGCUACCUGCUCUGAAAAAGGCGAAAGUCAGCAUGUCUGAGUCUACUUCUGGUCAGGCAGAAGAUAGUAAUGAAGCUAAUGGCGGGGGGAUGAAAGACAAGCAGACAGCACUUCAGUCUUCAGCAGCUACACCAGCAGGACAGGGGAACAAAGGAAAGACUGGAUCUUCCACCUCUAGUUCCACUUCUUCCACCAUGGUAACAGUGCAAAAAUACGACCAACUGCAAGUGUUGUUUCCUACCAUAGCUCAAACCAGGAUGAGGGAUGCCAUCCGCGUGCUUCUAUUUCCAACAAUAAACCGAGCAGGCCAGAGCAGAGCGCUAGUCCUGCAUGGGCUCUCAGACAGCUAUGCGCGGGAACUAGAAUUUGAGGUGCACAACAAAGAGAAGUUGAGGAAAGUACUGAAUCGGCUCUUUCCACCAGAAGAGUGGGACAUCGCAGGAGCCAGCACUGGAAAUGCACUAGGAAAUACUGGAAAUGCACCAAUUAUAGGGACUAAACCGGAACAGGAACAACAAAAUAAGGGCCCGGGUUCAUCAGGAGAAGACGUUGGGGGAUAGCGACAGCAGGUGUGCUAAGGAAGCACGAUUUAUUACCCAAAUGUACUUAUUCCACCCACGAAUCCCGAAUCCCGUCUCAUAUCUGCACAUGACUUUUCGCUUCUCACUCAAGAUAUGUUUGUGAAAAUUUUGCGAUUAUCGGCACCCU